AUGGCCACGCUGCCCUCCGGCGAACGCGCGAAACCACUCCCAGAGUGGAAUGGAGGUCUAUCAGGUCGAAAGUCGGCGAGAAAGGCGGCUGUUGAGCCUAUGAUUCCCCCUGUCGACACGCCGAAGAAGACACGGAAAUCACGCGCAUCAAAAAAGGACGCUACUCCAGUGGACGAACCCUCAGACCUGGACAAUUCGACAGAGGUUAAACGUCCAAAAACCGAGUUAGCUCUUGAGAUAUUCAGGAACCUCGAACGCUUUCCUCAUUGUUUGCUCCUUACACGAGUGGGCCAAUUCUACGAAUCAUACUUUGACCAAGCAGUAGAGAUUUCAAGGCUUCUGAACAUCAAGCUUACGUCUAAAUCUUGGGGCGGCCAACGGGUUCACAUGUGCGGAUUCCCCUUGCAGCACCUCGAGAAAUACCUCAAGGUUCUCAUUCGUGGCCACCAGAAGAGCGUCGCCCUCUGCGAAGAAUUCCGGGUUCCAAAUCCACUGUCCCAGUUUGAGCGGAGAGUGACUCGAGUCCUCACUCCUGGAACACUCAUUGACGAGAAUUUCAUCAACCCUUACGAGAAUAACUAUCUUCUUUCGAUUGGUUGUCCCCUCAGCAACCAGCUCGAGGAGAACACUCCCAUUGGACUCGCGUGGAUGGACGUUUCCACUGGCGACUUCUUCAGCCAAACCGCGACGCUAGGGACACUUCACGAUGAAAUUGCUCGUAUUAUGCCAAAGGAGAUUGUGCUAGACGAGCAACUCAAGACGCACAAAGACCACGCUGUGUUCCGUGUUCUUGCCGAGAAGCCAUCGGUAUUCCUAUCCUACGUCGCGAAUUCAGGAGACGAUGCGGUCUCAAUCACCCAAGAAGAGAUACCCUACUCGGAUGACAUUUCUCUUCCUGCACCAAUCCUUCCUCGAUAUGCCUCUGAUGAAGCAACGGCAAUAUCUCUACUCACCAGUUUCCUUCAGAAAAAUCUAUUGGAACAUAUGCCCCGCCUCUCGAAACCACUGCAACAAGGGUCCGACGCACGCAUGCAGAUUGAUGCGCACUCGUUGGACUCGCUAGAGAUAAUGGAAACAAUGAGAGAAGGAGGGACAACUGGGACGCUCCUCAGCGUCAUCAAUCGCACAAACACACAUAGCGGUUCCCGGUUACUAGCCCGCUGGCUCUGUUCACCGAGCACAUCGGUCUCCGAGAUUGCCACUCGCCAAAAUGUCGUAUCCUUCUUCGAAGCGCGACCGCAUCUACGCGUCGACUUGAUCGCACUCUUGCGUCGAAUUGAAGACACGGCUCGAAUCGUCCAAAAGUUUUUAGCGGGCCGUGGAGCACCUGACGACUUACGGAACCUAGCGACGGCAAUUAAGCUAUGGGAAGAGUUGCGUGAACGGCUGACGCUCGAGCGCAAGAUGGAGAUGCAAGAACAGAAUGUAUUGAUUGGUUGGGAGACGGUGGACGCACUCGUGUCGCGCAUGGCAUCGCUAAGGGAGCUGAGCCAGAGAAUUCUUACUGCUGUUCUGAUUAACGAAGAUGAAACGGAGAUAGGAGAAGCUACUCCCGAGGACCCCGUCGACCCGCUAGUCGCAGAAAGUACGCCAAAGACUACGCCAUUCGCCAUGUACAAAUGGACAAUCAAGCCGGAGUACAAUCCACUACUGGAAAAAUUGCACAAGAAGCUCGAUGCGCUUGUCAAGGAAAAGGAGAAUUUAGAGCUGGACCUACAAGCGCGAUAUUUCGCCAAUUCGCUGAGCCUUCGAGCCUCUCCACAACUUGGCUUUCAUAUCCAUGUCAAGAAGAGGCAAGCAUCAAAGCUUAUGGCCAACUCCGACGAGUUCAGCCCUCUUUCAGAGAGCGGGAGUACCAAGACCUUUUUCAACCAGCGAUGGUUCGACUUGGGAACUGGUAUUAUCAAGACGGCUGAGAGUAUCACUGAACAGGAGCGAGCCGCAUUUAGCGAGCUGCGAGAGGCGGUAACCAAAGAGACCCAGAAUAUUCGGAAGAAUGCCAGAAUCAUCGACGAACUGGAUGUCACCCUAGGUUUUGCAGAGCUCGCCGUUGAGAGGAACUUUGUCCGGCCGGUGGUGACUGAGGGGCUCGAGUUUCAUAUCAAGAAUGGCCGACAUCCUUCAGUCGAAAUCGGUCUCUUGAACGCUCGGCGAAUGUUUAUCCCGAACACUCUCUCAUUAGAUCCGGAUGCCCGACUUCAAGUCAUUACGGGCCCAAAUAUGGCCGGCAAGUCGACACUCCUUCGACAGACAGCAGUUAUUGCCAUUCUCGCACAAACUGGCUCAUUUGUUCCGGCGGAUUCUGCACAAAUCGGAAUCGUCGACAAGGUCUUCUCACGGGUUGGUGCCAACGACGACUUGUUCCGUGAUAGGAGCACUUUUCUCGUCGAGAUGCUCGAGUCUGCAGAGAUUCUUAACCGGGCAACGUCUCGAAGUUUGGUCAUAAUGGAUGAGGUCGGGCGUGGAACAUCCAUCUCUACCGCACUAGCGAUAGCAUUCGCAACGAUCCAUCACCUUUAUACCAAUAACAGAUGCAGAGGCUUGUUUGCUACGCACUUUCAUGAGAUAGUGGACAUGCUAGGGUACAAUGAGGAAACAUGCAGGGCCGAAGGUCACUUUGAGAACAUUGCGUUCUACUGUACAGAUGUAGACGAGCGACCGGACGGUAGUUUCACAUACUCACACCGACUACGACCCGGAGUGAAUAGAGAUAGCCACGGACUGAAAGUGGCACGCCUCGGCGGUAUGCCAAAUUCGGUCCUAGAGGUGGCCUCCAAAGCUCUCGAGCAUCUUCAUGGUAGUACAAAGACGCAAUGGCUCGCGAGGGCAGCAGAGCUGCGCUCAUUGGGCGAGCGUCUCGUCAGGGAAUGA